GUCCAGUCCGAGUGAUUCCCGAUGCCUCGCAAACACCCCUACCUACCUCACAAUGACCGCACCCGAACCGGCGUCAGGUGGUCCGUGCAGGGUCCAAUGCAACAACAUACCCCACCACCCCACCUCAAUCGACAUCACCGCCAUGUCUCUCCCCACACGCCUCCGCUUCCUCCCACUGCGCAGCUCCAACGCGGCUACUCCCACAGCGUUGGCGGCGGCUGGAACGCCGACCCUCUCCGGCGUAAUCUUCGACGUCGACGGCACGCUCACCACGCCGCAGCCGUGGAUGUUCAUCAAGAUGCGGCAGCUCCUGUCCGUUCCUUCGGGGGUGGACAUUCUUUCCUACGUGUCCACGAGCGCCGAUCCGGCGAGCUCGCUCGCGCUCAUCGAGCGGAUCGAAGACGAGGCGAUGCUGGCGGCGAUCAUUACGGCGGGCGCCGAGCCGCUGCUCGAGUACCUGGCGGCGCACGGCAUCCGCAAGGCGAUCCUGACGCGCAACUAUGCGGCGCCGGUGUCGCACCUGCUGUCGAGACACCUCGGUCUACGACAUACCUUCGAUCCGGUCGUCACCCGGGAGUUUUAUCCGCCGAAACCGGAGCCACAUGGCAUUCGACAUAUUGCACGCCUGUGGGGCUGCCAGACUAGCGAGGUGCUCAUGGUCGGUGACUCGAUCGAUGAUAUGGCCGCCGGACGGAGCGCCGGUGCCGCGACGGUGCUGGUGAGUCACGACGGGAAUGGCGCGAUUCGCGAGCAUGAGUUUACAGAUUGCGUGGUGGAGAGGUUGGAUCAGCUGAUUGAUGUGCUGGAGGGUGGGUUUAGGGAGGUUGUUAGGCCGUUGAAGGAAACAAAGAUGGAGUUGGAGGAUGCGAAGAUAACCUUGGAGAAGUAAAUUGUAUGCACACAUAAUGUGAAUCACUUCCCAUGGGCCAUGGGUAGGCGGGAUGGCAAAGCAAAAACUAAGAAAAAAAGUAAUAGCAACACCUCGUUUCGAUCGAGGGACCUCCGGGUUAUGAGCCCGGCGCGCUUCCGCUGCGCCAUGUUGCUUGGUCAAUGCUAAUGAACAGACUAAACAUAACAGAC